UUUCUGCUGAAUCAGAUCUUUGUUCAAUCGAUUGUAGUCCCAAAUCGUUUAAUUUUGGGUAUAGAUCUUCUCGUUUAAUUUUGGGUAUAGAUCUUUCUUUUUUCCCUUUUUGUUCAAUCGUUUAAUUUUGGGUAUAGAUCUUCAUUUGUUUUCCUCUUUGUAUAAUCAAUUGUAAUAGAUCUUCUCGUUUUCAAGUUAGGAGCUCAAAAUCAUAGUAACAGAAACAGUUAUUUCAAUGGAAGCUAAAGAAAUCGUAUGCUGCAUCCUCGCAAUGAGCGCUAAACCGAAACUCACACAACAAGAAACAGUUGUUUCAAUGGAAGCUAAAGAAAUCAUAUGUUGCAUCCCCGCAAGAAACGUUAUACCAAAACUCACACAACAAGAAACAGUUGUUUCAAUGGAAGCUAAAGAAAUUGUAUGCUGCAUCCCCGCGAUGAACGUUAUACCAAAACUCACACAACAAGAAACAGUUGUUUCAAUGGAAGCUAAAGAAAUCAUAUGCUGCAUCCCCGCAAGAAACGUUAUACCAAAACUCACACAACAAGAAACAGUUGUUUCAAUGGAAGCUAAAGAAAUUGUAUGCUGCAUCCCCGCGAUGAACGUUAUACCAAAACUCACACAACAAGAAACAGUUGUUUCAAUGGAAGCUAAAGAAAUCAUAUGCUGCAUCCCCGCAAGAAACGUUAUACCAAAACUCACACAACAAGAAACAGUUGUUUCAAUGGAAGCUAAAGAAAUUGUAUGCUGCAUCCCCGCGAUGAACGUUAUACCAAAACUCACACAACAAGAAACAGUUGUUUCAAUGGAAGCUAAAGAAAUCAUAUGCUGCAUCCCCGCAAGAAACGUUAUACCAAAACUCACACAACAAGAAACAGUUGUUUCAAUGGAAGCUGAAGAAAUUGUAUGUUGCAUCCCCGCGAUGAAAGUUAUACCAAAACUCACACAACAAGAAACAGUUGUUUCAAUGGAAGCUAAAGAAAUCAUAUGUUGCAUCCCCGCAAGGAACGUUAUACCGAAACUCACACAACAAGAAACAAUUGUUUCAAUGAAAGCUAAAGAAAUUGUAUGCUGCAUCCCCGCGAUGAACGUUAUACCAAAACUCACACAACAAGGUGAGCAAGAUCAAGAAGAUCCACUGUUCAUCCGAAACCUCUCAAACAAUGCACUCAACUCCACUCCUAUGAAACGCCCAAAAGUAGAAAAAGGAGGGUCCUCAGGAGGCAACGCUCCUUGAAGAAUAAUGGCAUGGUAGCAAUCACUCUUAGAGUUCAUGUUAUGUUUAGACUUUGUUAACUUUAAAACUUUAUGUAAUAUGAUAUUUUAUGAUAUCAUUGUCUUUCAUAAAUUAAAGCAAAUUACAUUUUAUUCAA